AUGGAUUGGGAAGGUAUCGCGACGAUUGCAUACUUCAACGCACUCUGGGGAUUUAUGGGUUAUCUGUACACCACCCUGGAGAUCCAGGAAUUCUUGAUGUGUUUUCUCGAGGGGAUGUUUUUCUCGCUGGCUGUCGCGGUGUUGGUGGGCCUAUAUCGUCUCAACCAUGCACCGACCUCGAGGACCGCCCACACAAGACUCAAGUGAGUUCGAUGAGCUUCUGCACUUGUCCACUAGGUACCCACCUACCUACGGGUCUUGGUUAAACUUGGCUGACCCCCUGCAAUCGUCGAUUUUGCAUAUCUAAAGCCGGCGAUUGCUCCGACUGUGGGCACCUGCCACUGUUUGCUGCUCAGCCGGCACCCACGUCGUGCUCAUCUGGCGCAAGUGCUCGCCCCUCCUCCACCCCGAUGUGCGAAAGGCGGUGUCCGGUAGCACGGGUAACCUCGUGCUUGUCUUCGCCGUGCUUACCAUCUCCAGCGCAUGUGUGAGCGCGAUCGUGCUCGCAAUUAUCUCAUUUGUAGGCCAUCUUUCCAAUAAGUCCCUGUCCUGGGCUCAGGUCGCAAACGCGGACGAUUGGGCCGUCACCUUGUUUGAGCCUUUGGAGAUCAAAUCGGUGUCAGUUUUCAGGCCGGCCUGGGACGUUUGGACGUUUGCGACCACAGCGCUGGCAUUCUUUCUAGGCCCUUGGCUUGCAUUGAGGGCGGGGAAUGCCUUCGGCCUGAUUCCUGCAUCCCCCAAUCUCGACCAAAUGUUACAGCUGGUCAACCGCAUGCCUAACGUACCUAACGCGCCUGACGAAAGAGACGCGUCUCGGCCUCCGGACAACACGUUCCCGCCGCCGCCAGCUUCCACUUCAAGCGCCUCGCCGCCUCGUGCAAGCUCAAGCAAACGCCAACUCGAAGAUAACGAUGUUCCUUGUCUGAGCUUGCAAAACAACGUAAAGGAGAAAGAGAAAGAGAGGAAGGAGGGGAACCGAGGGAAGGGCAACGGCAAGGGGAAGGGUAAGGCUACUAGGGAUUAG